AUGGAAGACGAUAGAUCGCUUUCAUCCCACUCCGACCCAAUUCACCUCGCCGAGGAUAUCAACAACCAAGGCUGGCAGAAGGUCUCCUACGCCAAAAAACAGCGCAAAAAUCAGGCUAAUAAAGCGGCGCCAGAUUCGUCAUCCAGGCUCGUCCUGCCCAACGGAUCCGACAAAGACAGCGUCUUUAAGGGCUUGGAGAAGCACGCGGAGGAGCGCCGCCGGAAAUUGGAGGCACAGCGAGCAGCUGCAACCGAUUAUGACGAUGACGAUCAAAUCCAGGUGAGGUCGAGGAGGAAUCGGGGUGAUGAAGACGAUUACGAGGACGAUUAUGGCAGUGGCGACUCCAAGGAGAAUAAUCUCGCGGAGGUCAAUAAGAAGAAGAAGCCGAAGAAGGUUAAGAAGCCUAAGAUCUCUGUGGCGGAGGCCGCUGCCAAGAUUGACACCGAUGAUCUCGACACUUUUCUGUCAAGUGUUUCGGAAUCGUUUGAAGGGCAACAAGAUAUUCAAUUGAUGAGGUUUGCAGAUUAUUUUGGCCGUGCAUUUUCUGCCGUGACUGCAUCACAGUUUCCAUGGCUCAAGUUGUUCCGGGAGUCUGCAGUGGCAAAACUUGCUGAUGUGCCUGUUUCUUAUGUAUCUGAGUCUGUUUACAAGACAUCUGUUGACUGGGUCAGCCAGCGUUCAAUUGAGGCAUUAGGAAAGUUUGUGCUGUGGUCUUUAGAUGGCAUUCUUGCUGACCUGGCAACCCAACAACCGGGAUCUAAAGCCCCUAAGAAAGGGGGUCAACAGCCUUCUUCAAAAUCACAGGUUGCUAUGUUUUUAGGUUUGGCAAUUGUAUUACGCAGGAAACCAGAGGCACUGGUCACGUUAUUGCCAAAUUUGAGAGAAAACGCUAAGUACCAAGGACAGGAUAAGCUUCCACUUCUUGCAUGGAUGGUCGUUCAGGCCUCUCAAGGAGAUUUAGCUUUAGGGUUGUAUUUAUGGGCACAUCUUAUGUUACCAAUACUUGGAGGAAAAUCAGGGUCUAAUCCACAGACAAGGGACUUGGUUUUGCAGGUUGUGGAAAGAAUUCUGGCUGCACCAAAAGCUCGUGGUAUCUUAAUCAACGGUGCUGUUAGAAAGGGGGAGCGCCUGAUUCCACCUGCAGCACUUGAGCUACUGUUGCAUGCUACUUUUCCUCCAACUUCUGCAAGAGUUAAGGCCACGGAAAGAUUUGAGGCGAUUUACCCAGUUCUGAAAGAGGUUGCUCUUGCGGGUUCUCCUGGAAGUAAAGCAAUGAAACAAGUAUCACAACAGAUACAGGCUGUGACUGUGAAAGCAGCUGCAGAAGGGAUCCCUGCCCUUUCUCAGGAAGCAACAAUCAUCUUUUUAUGGUGUUUGACUCAGAGUGCUGAUUGCUACAAGCAGUGGGACAAAAUUUACGUGGAUAACAUAGAGACUAGUGCCGCUGCCUUGAAGAAGCUUUCUGAUGAGUGGAAGACGUUUUCUUCCAAGCAGUCUUCACCCCAAGCACUUGCUGAGACCCUCAAGAGUUUUAGGCAAAAGAAUGCACAAGCAUUGAGUGGCGGAGGAGCAGAUGUUGCCCGCCAAGGUUACUUUAGGGAUGCAGAUAAAUACUGUAAGACGAUACUGGGAAAAUUAUCAAGCAGUCACGGCUGCUUCAAAACGGUUGCAUUUACUAUAGUGGUGCUGGCUGUGGGGGCUGCAGUUGUGUCGCCAAAUCUGGAUGCACUGGACUGGAAUAACUUGUCUGCUUUUCUCAAUGCCCAACUUUCCAUAUGA